AUGAUUAUCGUACUGUGUCUCGUAAAGAGAUUUACUGAACUGAGGGUAUUGAGGAGGGAGGUGGAUAGAUGGGUAAGGCGAAUUGGGGGAAACGGGAUUAGGGUUGAUGUUGGAGGCGGGCAGGCUGAUCGUAAGACGGGUGAUAGGACGGCGAUUGGGUUUGGGCUGGGGGUUGGUGGGGCCCGUGGACUUCGAAUUGCGGGAAAGAAUAGGCCGACUGAGGCUGAGAAUACGACGGCGGCGGCGGCGGCGGGAGGGGAUCCGAAGCCUGGGGGAAGGAUGGAUAGGAUGCUGGAUUGUGGUGGUACGCGGCGGAAUGAUCGGCGGGUGGAGGCGGCGGUGGAGGGGUGUAUGCGUUGGCGGAGAACGGCGGUGCUGAUGCGUAAGACGGCGGCGCGUGGUAGAGGGAUUCGAUCGGGUUCUGGUUCAGGCCCGGGAUUGGAUUUUGAUUCGGAUUCUGGCUCUGCGGAUAGGGUUGCUGAGGGUAGUAGGGGACUGAGAGAGGAGGGUCUUUUUGUGUGCUGGGAGGACACAGGUACCAAAGAGGAAGCAGAUGAG